AUGGCAAAGGUAUUCGACGCUGCAGAAGUUGCGAAGCACAACACUCCCGAGAGCUGCUGGGUGAUUCUAUACGGCAAGGUCUAUGAUGUCACCGAUUUCCUAUCCAGUCACCCUGGCGGUUCAAAGAUUAUUUUGAAGCUCUCUGGCAAGGAUGCUACUGAGGAAUAUGACCCCAUUCACCCUCCGGGUACUUUAGAAGAACUGAAGCCAGAGGCCUGCCUUGGAAUCGUGGACCCAGCAACAUUGCCCAAGGACGAAGCACCAGCAAAACCCCAGGAGCCGGCGGCAGGACCCCCUCCUAUGCAAAAUCUCCUCAACCUUGACGAAAUUGAAGAAGUUGCUACGAAGCAAGUGAGCCAGAAGGCAUGGGCCUAUUACUAUUCGGCAUCGGACGACAAGUUUUCCAAGCGCUUUAACAACGAAGUCUACCGAUCCAUCCUUCUACGACCAAGAGUCUUUGUUGACUGCACCAAGUGUGACUUGGAUACUUCAGUACUGGGACACAAAUUGGGCAUGCCUAUUUAUGUGUCACCCGCAGCUAUGGCACGUCUCGGCCAUCCUUCCGGUGAAGCUGGUAUUGCAGAGGCGUGCCGAAGCUUCGGUGCCAUGCAAGUCAUCUCUAAUAACGCAUCCAUGACCCCCGAACAGAUUGUCAAAGAUGCAGCUCCAGACCAGGUCUUUGGCUGGCAGCUUUAUGUUCAGGUCGAUCGCAAGAAGAGCGAGGCGAUGCUGGCUCGCAUCAAUAAGCUCAAGGCUAUCAAGUUCAUCGUUCUCACUCUCGAUGCCCCCGUUCCGGGUAAGCGUGAAGAAGAUGAGCGAAACAGUCUCGUGGGGGCCACUGCCCCUGUAUCAAGUGGCGUGAAGGCUGCUGACCGCUCAGCUGAUGGCACUCCCGACGUGAGUGGCCCAGGCGGAUCUGGCGGUGUUGGCCAGCAGCUGUUUGCCGGUACCGAUCCUUCCUUGACCUGGCAAGAGACGCUGCCCUGGUUGGCAAAGCACACUGAUCUGCCUAUUAUUCUGAAGGGUUUGCAAACCCACGAGGAUGCAUACCUUGCCUCCCUGCACGCCCCACAGGUCAAGGGAAUUAUCCUCUCUAACCAUGGUGGCCGGGCUUUGGACACUGCCCCACCAGCCGUGCACACUCUCUUAGAGAUCCGCAAAUACUGCCCCGAGGUCUUUGACAAGCUCGAGGUUCACGUCGACGGUGGUAUUCGUCGCGGAACAGACGUCGUGAAGGCUCUCUGCCUCGGAGCGAAGGCAGUUGGUCUUGGACGCCCUGCUCUGUGGGGUCUGGCAGCUGGCGGUCCCGAUGGUGUUCGCAGGACAUUGCAGAUCCUUGCCGACGAAACCAAGACGUGCAUGCGCCUGCUCGGUGUGGAAACCGUGGAUGCACUAGGCCCUCAACAUAUCAACACCCGCAUGGUUGAGCAGCAGAUUUACGAUGGUCCAUCUGCUCUUGACUCUUUACGACGUGCUUUCCGGGCGAAGCUUUAG